AUGAAGUACAGUGGAACCUACUUAGCCGCCCUCGUGAGUCUGGCUUCCAGGUCUGUAGCUGUCUCAUCAGCUAUUCAGAACUCGACCGUAGAAUGCGCCCCCUUGCCAUCGGCUUGGCCAACAUGGCAACAGCUUCCGAAGCAACCAUCCCUUCCCGACCCCUUUUUACCACUAAAGUAUAUGACUCUUGACAACGCCAGCAGCAACCCAUCUCAGUUCGCCACAGAAAUCAUGACAGGAAAGGGGAAGAACCGCAUCAAAACCACCGAAGAAUGGUACCAGUGCCAGCGUCCCCAAUUUCUCACCAUGCUACAAGAAUACCAAUUCGGAUACUACCCAGACCGCUCCCAGGAAAAAGUAGAGGCUACGCGCAGCGGGAACACACUUACCAUUGCCGUUACUUCAGGCGGCAAAACAGGUCGUUUCCAGGCAUCCCUUUCCCUUCCCGCCGGAAAGGGCCCCUUCCCAGUGGUGAUAAACAUUGGAGGCAUGCAGGACCAACCUUACCUGCAGUCCGGCAUCGCGAUCGCGAGAUUCAACUACGCCAACGUUGCAGCGGACAGCGCCUCAAAGACCGGCGCUUUCUGGGACAUUUAUCGCGGGCGAGACAUUGGUGUUCUCACAGCUUGGGCAUGGGGCUUUCACCGCACCCUCGACGCUCUCAUCCUCGUCGCCCCUGAAAUCGAUGGUUCCCGCGUUGGCGUGACAGGCUGCUCCCGUCUCGGCAAGGCAGCUCUCGCGGCAGGGCUCUUUGACGAGCGGAUCACUCUGACGAUGCCCAUGUCGUCUGGUGUCCAGGGGCUAGGGCCAUAUAGAUACUACGGCCUCAGCGGACAGGGCGAGAACCUUGAAAAUUCGAAGCAAGGGGCGGGCUGGUGGACCAACAACAAGUUGGGAACUUUUGUCGGGCACUCUGAGAACUUGCCUUUCGAUGCGCAUACUAUCGCCGCUGCUAUCGCACCGAGGGCUCUGGUGAUUGACCAAGGGACGGGGGAUCCGUUUGUCAACUCCAAAGGAACGUCGGUUGUGGUAUUUCCCGCUGCCAAAGCUGUUUAUGAUUUCCUUGGGGUUGGAAAGAAGAUUGGGAUUGCUGUCAGAGGCGGAGGGCAUUGCGAUAUGAGUGGAUAUUCGAACGUUCUGCCGUUUGUGCAGGAAGUGUUGCAAGGGAAGUCGACGAUGAAAGACUUUCAUAGUCUUGGGACUUACGGUUCGCCUAUGGCGAGUGCGUACCCCUGGGCCACAGCUAUCCCGAAGUUGUAA